GAGGAUGAUGAUGAUGAUGAUGAUAAUGAUUUUCUAUUCUUUGGAACAUUUGAUGACGAACAUUCAUUUAAAUCUAUACCGAUCGAAGAAACAAGUCCUGUUCGAACAACAAAACGUCAACGUGCUACGUCUUCGCUGUGUGUUGUCGACGAUCAUUGGGAAAUAUUUCCAGAAACAAAUGACACAAAACGUAAUUUAUCAACAAAUCAUUUAAUUGAUUAUGAAAAAAAAGAUGAUGUUAAUAUUGGAAUGGGAAAUUUUCGAGUUAAACAUCGUCACCGUGAAAAACAUACAACGGCACUUAAUCGAUGGAAAAGUGCUUUACACAAGAUGCAUUUGUUGAAAGAUCCAUGGGAAGAUUUUCGAAUCGAUCGAUAUCCAGAAGAAACAGUUACUGUUCAUGACUUUGAUCCUAUCAAAGGAUUAUGGAACACUCAUGAAAUUAAAAUUAAAAUUGAAGCAAAACCAUUCACGCGAGGUGCAAUGCGUGAAUGUUUUCGAAUGAAAAAAUUGCCUUUUCAUUCGAAUGCUCAUGAUUGGGAUUAUGCAUCAAAUUAUGUUGGUAAACGAUAUAUCGAAUCUGUUUUACCCGAACGUUAUUUUGAUGAUGUAAUGUUACAAAUGGCAGCAAAAUUGUGGGGACAACAUUAUAAUCGACAUAAUCCACCUAAAAAGGUUGAUAUCGUUCAAAUGUCAGUUUUGGAAUUUAAACAACGACCUGGUCAACCGUAUUAUCAUUUAGAACGCUUUAUUGAAGGCAGCUACAUAAAAUAUAACUCAAAUUCUGGCUUUGUUUUUGACGAAGAUCAAUCAAGACAUACACCUCAGGUGAAAAUUUUCUCUUUUAUUCCUCUUUUUGAACUUAAUCUUUUUAUUUGA